AUGAAAUUCUUAGUUUUGACAGUGUGCUGCAUCGCAGCUGUUGCUGCUAGACCAGAGCCACCAUCAGCUUAUGGUCCCCCAAGAACAAAUCCAGGAGGACCUUCCUCGUCAUAUGGACCCCCCUCACAUCAUCAACAACAUGGCGGCGGUCACCAAACACAAGUCGUUCAAAAACACAUCUACGUCCAUGUCCCUCCCCCAGAUACUGAGGAAGAAUACCAUCCUGCCCCCGCCCCCGUUGUUCCCCAAAAGCACUACAAAAUCAUCUUCAUUAAGGCUCCCUCAUCGGGCGGCGGUCAACAAUUCUCGCCUGCCUUGCCACCUCCAGUCGAAGAAAAGACCCUUGUCUACGUUUUGGUCAAGAAACCCGAAGCCCAAGAAAAUGUCGAUGCCCCAGUUGUCCCUCAUACCCCAAGCAAACCCGAAGUUUACUUCAUCAAGUACCGUGCCAAGAAGAACGAAGCUCCAUCAGGUGCUUAUGGUGCCCCCGCCCAUGGCGCUUCCCACGGAGGAGCUGACUUCAAUCAAGCUGCUGCUGCUGCCGCUGCCCAAGUUUUGGUACAACAACAUCACGGAGGAAAUGACUUCCACGGAUCCCAUGGACCCGUUGAUUUGGGUACUAUUGCUGCUGGCGCUAGCGCUGCCGAAGGUUUGUUGCAUGGACAUGUCGAUCCUCGUCACAAUGGAGGACUCCCUGAUGGCCCAUACCACAAGAAAAAGUAA